CUUUUUGCAACGUCAGCGCUUGUCGAGGCUCGGUCACAGUUUCUCCAGUUGACGCAGCGCGCGGUCGGCGCGGGGGCGAGGUGCGGGAUGCGGCGCCGGCUGGGAGCGGAGGCGCCAUGGGCAGCACAGGGAGAUGGAGAUUAUUCUUCUGCUGUGUUGGCCCUCCACCAGACAAUAAAUCAGUUCUAAGAUGUUCAAACAAAGUUCAUCCAGAGUGGGUUGGUGAAUCUAAGAAGGAAGGUGAAGAAUCAAACCAGGAAAUCACAUGGCCAGAAGGACCUGCUGCACACUAUGAAAAAGCAGACAAACAGGUCAAGGAGGAAGUGGAGAUUCAAGUGUCUGUUGCUCUGCUGUCUCUUCAGGAGGAGGAGGAGGAUGCUAAAUUUCCAGUACAUACUAAGGACCACGUGCAAACCCCAAAUCUUGAAAUACUAGCAGUGGAGGAGGAUCCUCUGCCGUCAUUAAAAACUGAAGCCCAUAUACAAAGCUCAAAUCCUGACAUACUGUGGGGGGAGGAGGAGGAGGAAGAAGAAAAGAAAGAGCUGGUGGAAGGAGGGGAACUAGAAUUUUUGUGUCUCUCACAUUUUGAGGUUCAGGAGCAAUCUUCACAUCUUGAAACAUCAAUAGAAGAGCCUCUGACAUUCUUAAAAACUGAGGCACUAGUGCAACCCUCAAAUAUUGAAAUACUAGAGAAACAGAAGCUUCCAUCCCUAUUGGAUACUGAAACUGAGGUUCUCAUCUCAGAUUUGGACAUAAGAGAUGCAGAGAAAACUUCACUCUCGACAGAUACUGGGUUGAAUGUACCAACAAAGAACAGGAGCAGAAAUCUAUCUGGUCUCUUCAGUCUUCUGGAUAUUCCAGGAGAGCAUGAGGAACUCUUAACUCAAAAGCAAAUAGCAGCAUUCAAAGAUGUCUUCAAGGUUUUCAGCAGCACAGAGGGUAACAUUAAGAUGCGUGGUCUGAAGCUGAUUCUGCACAGUGUGGGCAUUAAUGUAACCCAUCAAGAAAUCCAUGAGGCACUGAAUCGAGCAGAUAUUGAUGGUGAUGGGCAGGUGAAUUUCACAGACUUUGUAACUGUUCUGACAGAUGACCAGCGCUUUGCUCAAUCUAUGGUUCGGCCCAAAGAGAGCAUAAUACAUGACCCUUAUAGUGUAGAGACUCUCUUCUUUGAAGUUCUUACAAAGCUGGUAGAGAUGUCAGCUCUGCCGAUUAAAUCAGAGAAGGAAGUUGUAAGUUAUUAUGAGCUAAAGCAAAGAAACUUCUGGAGGAGCUUUCAGCGGAAGAGUCCCACUGACUACCCGAAGACCUCACCGAAUAGAAAAUGCAGUGGUCUUACUUAUUUUUGCCAGGCUUCUCGGCUAAUAGGGCUCCCCACCAGCCAACUGUUGACAUCUCUACCCAGCCUGAGUGAUACUGCCAGCUUGUCUGAUAGCCCUUAUGCCACAAUACCACGUUUGUUACGAACCUGCCAGGACAGGAGAGUGAGACUGAAGCCUCUGAGACACAGACCUAUGUUGAGGGAAAAGAGCAAUAAGGAAUUCAGCCCUAAUUCUGAGUACAGACAGAGAGCUGGAACAGCAAGUCUGUGAGCAGAACUGCACGUGCAAUCUCACCCAGUUCUGAAUGUAUGAAUUCUUUCUUCAUUUUCGAUAAUGAAUACUCUGAAACUCUAGCCAAAAACUAUCCAAGCACAAUACUAUAUAACAAGAAAGGCAUAUGUAACAAAUGUAAUUCUGAUUCAUCCACUACUUUAUGAUUCAGUAUAUUUCUAUAACUCUUACUCCUGCAGCUGGGCACUGGGGGUGGGGGUAGGGU